ACACGCUCGUCUUCGAUUUCACGCUCUGGAGCUCUCGUCUUCUUCCCCAGUUUCAUGAGCGAGGAUUUAACCAUUGUGGUUACUUCUUACUCUGUGCAAAUCUUAAGGCUUUCAUUGAUUCACUGUUGAGUUUUGACCCAUUAUUCUCCUUGAAUGAGAAUUUACCAAGAACUGGACAAUCUUUCAUUUGUUGGAAAAUGGCAAAGAAAGGAAGCUCAAAGUUGAAUAUUGCUAUUAUUCAUCCUGAUCUGGGUAUAGGUGGAGCUGAAAGACUAAUUGUUGAUGCAGCUGUGGAACUUGCAUCCCAUGGGCAUAAAGUUCAUGUUUUCACAGCGCACCAUGACAAAAAUCGCUGUUUUGAGGAGACUAUUUCUGGUACCUUUCCUGUGACUGUAUAUGGCGCUUUCCUACCCCGACAUAUAUUCUAUCGUCUUCAUGCUUUGUGUGCAUAUCUGCGGUGCCUUUUUGUUGCUGUGUGUGUGCUGGUCAUGUGGCCAGCAUUUGAUGUGAUACUAGCAGAUCAGGUUUCUGUUGUCAUCCCAUUGCUGAAGCUAAAGAAGUCAACAAAGGUUCUUUUUUAUUGCCAUUUUCCAGAUUUAUUACUGGCUCAACAUACAACUAUUCUAAGGAGGAUAUAUAGAAAACCGAUAGACUUCAUAGAAGAAAUGACAACCGGAAUUGCUGAUAAGAUUCUUGUUAAUAGCAAAUUUACGGCAUCUAUGUUUGCAAAGACCUUCAAGCAUCUUGAUGCGCGAGGAGUUCAGCCAGCUGUUCUUUACCCAGCUGUCAAUGUGAAUCAGUUUGAUGAACCCACCAAUUCUUAUAAGUUGAAUUUUCUGUCCAUCAACCGUUUUGAGAAGAAAAAGAAUAUAGACUUGGCAAUUUUGGCCUUUUCUAUGCUUCACACCCUGGGAGGAGAUGUGCUUCAAGGCCUCAAUCUGGCUGAAGCUUCCUUAACAAUUGCAGGUGGUUUUGAUAAGCGCUUGAAGGAAAAUGUUGAGUACUUGGAGGAGCUCAGAAGUUUAGCGGAAAGGGAAGGAGUGUCUAGUCAGGUUAACUUCAUCACAUCUUGCUCAACAGCUGAAAGAAAUGCACUUCUCUCCCAAUGCCUAUGUGUUCUUUAUACGCCAAAGGAUGAACACUUUGGCAUUGUUCCUCUGGAAGCGAUGGCGGCUCACAAACCUGUUAUUGCAUGCAAUAGUGGGGGCCCUGUAGAAACAGUUAAGGAUGGUGUAACAGGAUUUCUUUGUGAGGGUAACCCAAGAGCAUUCUCCUUGGCUAUGGCUAAACUCAUUCAAGACCCACAGAUGGCACAGAGAAUGGGUACUGAAGCUCAAAAGCAUGUCACGGAGUCAUUCUCUACAAAAAUAUUUGGUCAGAAUUUGAAUCAAUACCUUGUUGAUAUUGCUCGGACAAAGAGAGACUGAGAAUAAAUUAACAUAGCGCAUGAUACACAGACAGUCGCAUUAAUAUGAAUCUCUGCUUUAAAGCGACUGCUGCAAGCUUCAGAUAUUACAUAAUGAUGAUGGCAAUUGACUAA